AUGUCCCUCAGCCGCCGCGCUGCUCAUUCGACGAUCCAACGACCCACCAAACCCCCCCUCGAACGCGACGAUACGAAUGCUUCCACCACCGCGGAAUCAUAAUACCAAUUAAUUCACACAAGAAAAGAGACGGAAAGGAAGAAAAAGAACGAGAGAGACGGAAGAAGUAGGGUAAGAACGGCGAAAGGCUAGGUCGAACAGAAAAGAAGCAAGCACCCCAGCUCCCAAGCUAUAAUAAAGACAUGUCCUACAACUUCCCACUUCCACCCCUCUACGGCCUCAACUUCCACCCAAACGACGAGAACGGCAACGUCUUCGGUGGUUUUUUUCCCGGGCGGUUCCCCCUCCCUGUUAUCGUGCAGGCCCCUUCAUCCUCGGGAACCUUCGACUCCGGCUCCCCACCUACAUCACCUUCAGGGUCCUCGGAGCUAGAAGAGGAAGACGAAGAAGACGACGAAGAGGAGGAGGAGGACGAGGAAGAAGGCUAUUCAUCCGAAGACCAACGUUCAGCUUCCGAACACGGCGCUCCUUCCUCGGAUCGCGUCUCGCGCUCAGGUCCUACCUCGCCGCAGCAGCCUUCGACCCCCGACUCCGCCGAAUCCUACCUCGCCCACUACGCUGCAAACCUCCCACCAAGUCCUAUCCGCCACCACUACGCAGGAUCGUUCUACCCAGGGCAAGCGAUGGUGCAAACACGCUCAUCUUCCAGGACCUACGAUCAACCUCCUAAUGCAGCUCAGUCCGCUCGCGCUGGAGCCUCAUCCUCCCGUGCUGGCGCUGAAGCCCCGCCCUCUGGCGCCACAGCCGGCGGUAGUGGUGGUGGUGGUGGUGGUGGUGCGUCACGCACGGGUCGUUUGCCUCCGGGUGCACCACCGUCCCAGCCAACACGAAGAGCCCA